AUGGACCCUGCCUCUCUAAGCUUCGGGAUUGUAUCCCUAGCGAUGCAGCUAGUGCAGACAGCAAAGGCCGUCAAGGAAUACAUCGCAACCUACAAGUCAGCGUCGCAAGAGCUCGAAAGUCUCGCUGACAAGCUUGACGACAUCGAGACUAUUUGCUGCUCUUUGGAAAUUGUUCUUUCGGAUGGAACACAAAGCUUCAGCACGCUAGAAGUCAAUCUGCUCAAGAAGUUGAGUCGUAUUAUUCAGCAAUGUCUAUCUAAAGUCUCCGAUAUCCAUAGCAUUCUCGAUACAAUCUCAAGAAUGCAGAAGAAUACCCGGAACCCUUUGAAGACCGUUGGAGCCCUGUUUCUGCGUCAUAAAGACCAGAUCCGUCAUGCCACGAAUGGACUGGAUCGUUGCCUUUCCUCGCUUCAGCUACAUAUGACGGCAAAUAUUCUGGCUGUGACUAUGACGUCCCAUAAGGCUAGCAGGAGUCCUCUACCAACCAUAGUUGCUUCAACAGAUAGAGGAGCACAGAAACCAAGAAUUGUCAGAAACCCUGAUCAAAGCGACAAGCAUCACCCGCGUCGAAAAAGCCCAGAAACUGUCGUUGCUACAUGGAGACAAGCCUGGAACACAAAGGCGUUUGUACAAUGGACAAGAAAGACAACAAAAGAAGAAGUUUCAUUCCACUCAAGUUCAUCCAUAGUACAGGAUGAUUCUAUAUUCACGAUAGGCUCUUCAUUGCUGAGCCUGUACGUGAAACUAUCCCUACGGCGUGGCAACUUUGCCCCGUUCUGUAUCACUCUGCAGAUACCACGGGUUAUUUAUAUCCAGGAAGGCCAGCACCAGAUCGGUGAGAAGGUUGAGUCCGCCUUUAUGGAUGAUAACUUGAGUCAAAUCAAGACAUACUUUACUCAAGGCAUUCUGACGCCUGCAACAGUGAUUGCCUGGGAUGAUUAUGAUCCUGAUAAUGAAACUUCUCUUCUGGGCCUGGCGGCUUUGACAAAAUCACAGUCAAUUCUCAAGUUUCUCGCAAGUCAAACCCUUGACGUAUCGAGCAGAAACCACAUUGGCGGUGCAAGAUAUCUGUACGCUUUUAAUGGCGAAGAUGGACCCAGAUGCGUACUGGAAUACAUCAAGAUACGGCAAGACUCCAUUUUAGCAUCUGAGUUUCACAUGAUUCUGCGAGGUAUUGUAGAUCCCUACAAUGCGCAAAUAUGCGUAGAAGCAUGCAAGCCUCGUUUCUCAAGUAACAUGGUGGCUUUCAAUACUGCGGUCUGGAGAUACGCCAUGAAACAGUUCAGGCACGAUUUAACAACAAACAUCGAAGGAUGGGCAGGCCUUGUUGCAGACUGUGUCUCGAGAGGGCUUGACAUUCAUCAACAGCUUCGAUCCGACACUGAAUUCAGUGCCUUGAAAGAUAUCUUGUUCUACAAUUGGGACACGGACGAGAUACUGGAACAUAUGCAUUUCUGGUUAGACAUUUUAGAGGAAGCUGGCAUCAGCAUCAAGGAAUACCUCAUGGUCGAGACGGAGUGCUGUUUCGCGACGUGGCGUGACACGCCAUAUUGGAUUAACAAGAAAGUUGGUUUCUCGAACUACAGACGCGUAUUAUUUAUCAAGGAGUCGAGAGGCAGACAAUUUCCAUUCUGGGCCCUUUCAAUCCUGGAUGAAUGCCCUGUUAAGGAGCUGUUAACUGAACAUGAACACUUUGCGACACCGCUCACAAUGCACCCAGGAGGCUCGACACAAGCAUUAAUUGCGCAGCAUGAAGCUUGGAAGAAACAUCAGACCUUGAGUCUUUCGGACGGCUCUGACAGAUAUCUGAAGCGGUGGCCUUUUUGGCUUCCUCUUCGUUAUUAUAACGAUUAUAGUGAGGAAGAAGCAGAAUGGGUGGAUCGGGAAUUGCGAGUGGCCGGAAAGCGAUUUGACAGAAAGCAGAAGCGGAAGGAAAAGAAGUUCGAGAAGAAACAGUACAUGUCAAUGCCGGGAGCUUGGGUAGAAGAUGUUUGA